UGAAUUUGAAUAAUCGAGUUUAGCAUGGUUUAGCUCUGCUGUUUUAUAAUAUGGAAUGGUGUGUUUCAGUUUUCAGUUUGUUCUUCCUGCACCUAAUCCAGACAGUUUCUUAUGAGUAGAUAAGUUUGAAAACUGAUGGAUAACAGUGUAAAGUAUAUCAAUCUCAGUUUUAAUUGUCAGUUUCAUUCGCAAUAUCAUUUUUUUCCAUCCAUCAGCAACUGAUAAAGCUCCAAGUAAUGAUCAUUUGUGGGCAUCAUUAAUCAACUGUGAAUUUACUUGUGACAUCUGUCAUUCGUAGGAUCAGAAUCUUGUCAUCACCGCUAGUUGGAACUACCUGAAGUCCAAUUUUAUGAGGGAGUCGCAGAGGACUCCGAGUGAGAUUGAUGCAUUUUGUGGUCGAGUCAAAUGACAGCUCGUCGCCGAAGGGUUGGCUCAGAACUAGAUCAAGGAGGGGAUUGGGACACUAUUAGCUUUCCUGGCAGCUCAAGUUUAAAUCCGAGCAUCUACAAUUGCGAUGAAACAGGAUCUGCUCCCAACAAAGGCCUGAAUUUACAACCUGUGGCUAAAAUGUCAAGUCGAGACCGGACAAAGGAAUUUUGCAAUGCGGUCCAAUCGCUCCAGUUCAGACAGAUUAAAACUGUGGUUAGACAAUCUCAGGACCCGCGAAAAGCAAAAUCACUUCAAAGUUAUAGAGAAUUUAUGGACACGGCAAAAGUAAUAGGAAAACAUAUCAGUAGCACUUAUGCAAAACUAGAAAAAUUAACUUUUUUGGCAAAGCGGAAGUCUCUAUUUAAUGAUAGACCAACAGAAAUUCAGGAAUUGACGUACAUCAUCAAAGAAGAUAUUGACUGUUUGCGAAAGGAGAUUGGGAAACUACAUGAAGUGGCUAAUUUUCAAAAACAGUCACAACAGAACAAUGGACGACAUCACCUUUUGUCACAUUCAUCUAGUGUUGUGAUAGCGCUCCAGUCAAAACUAGCUUCCAUGUCUUCAGAAUUUAAACAAGUCCUAGAAGUUCGGACGGAAAGCCUAAAACAAGCAAAAGCCAGGAGAGAUCAGUUUUCAUCCCCUCUUCCAAGUGCAUCCGUCUCGAGUCCGCUCAAAAACUCGGUGCUCCUUCAAGAUGAGCAAGUAGCCAUCAAUCUAGAUAAUCAAUUGGUCCCUAUGCAGCAACAGAGUAUGGUUCAAAAACAGGCAACAAUGAUGUAUGAUGAAACGGAUCAAUAUCUUCAAAGCAGGGCUGAGACGAUGCAGAAUAUUGAAUCAACAAUCGUUGAACUAGGAGGAAUUUUCCAGCAGCUUGCAGUCAUGGUUAAAGAGCAAGAAGAAAUGGUUGAGAGGAUUGACUCCAAUGUUACGGAUGCAACUCUAAAUGUAGAUGCAGCUCAUCAUGAAAUCCUGCGAUACUUUCAGUCGGUCAGUUCUAAUCGCUGGCUCAUGAUAAAGAUUUUUGCUGUUCUAAUAUUUUUCUUUUUAUUCUUCGUAAUUUUUAUGACCUAAAGUUGGACCUACAAUUUCUUCAUCUCUACCAUUCUUCAUCAACAGGCGAAAGAGAGUAAGAACUUCAGCCCCUCAGUGUAUGGAUUCCUAUCAAAAUUUCGCCCAGAAUUCGAUGGUCAUGUUGACAGUUUCCAAAUUCAGUGUGGGAGUCAGUCACUCAUAACUACCGUCCCUAUAUCUGCCGAUUCAAACUUCUGACGCGCCCAAAAAAACCAAAUUCUAUUUAAACAAAAGUUUUUAUGAAAUUAAUUUCAGUUUGCCCUAGGAUAAAAUAAUUUUUUUAGUGUGCUGAAUUUUCUCUAUAAUCCUAAGAGGAUCAAGUAUCAAAAGGAGGAGGGAAAAUUUUGUAAAACACCCCAGUUAUUUUUUUUCGAUUGUUAUUUUGUUUGUAAUGGUGAAUUUGAUCCUUGUUGAUUUUGAUUUUUUGGCAAGCGGAAAAUUUGAUUUUGAUUAUACUGAUGUAAACUAUACUGUAAACACUAAUUUCUCAUUCACAAGAGGAUUUCAAAAUUUUUAAACAUGAUCCAUGUGUUCUUCUUGAAAUUUUGAUGGGAAAAAAUAUCUUGUAGUGUUUUAAUUUUCACUAUAUUGGGUUUUUCAUUUUGUGAAGUUUUUUCUUUGAAAAAAUGCCUAUGCAUGGUAAAAUCAUAAAAAUACAUAACCCAAUUGCGGUAUUCCUAAAUUUGCCCUAGUUUUAUUUUUUUGUAAGAAAAGAUAUCAUGUAUUUUUCAACAAACUUUACGGAGAAUAAUACAGAAAGAGUAGGGAGGAAUUGCACAAAGAAUCUUGUGCAAUACCGAGAAAAUCCUUCAAAAAUGUAAAAUGUGAUAGAAAUUUGACACCAAUACAACCGCAGUCACCAACUGAGUUGGCUGUAGGCUCAUAGUUUGACCAUCAAUAUAUAUGAGUAUCAUAUUGAAACCUGAUACUUUCUAAUAUUUCCAGACUAGAUGUGAAUUGUAAAGGGUCAAAUUGUAAGGAACAAUAAUUUUUCCGUUUUUUUUUAUUUAACGCCCUUUCUCCCAUGCACACUAUCUGUAAAACAGAUCAACACCCUUGCUUGCCAUAAAUUAUGAAGUACUUCGAUAGAAACCUCCUCUCUCUCUCUCUCUGUACAUCAGUUUUUUUUUUUUUUUUACAGAGUGUGAUCCAGAAGCGUUACCCCCAAAAUGGUUUCAUUAAUUUUUUUUUUUUUUUCUCGGCCUUAGCCUCAUUCCUCCUUCUUGAGCAGACUCAGACUUUUGCCGUCUGAUUAUUAAAAUUGAUAGACAAAGCAAUAGACGAAUAGGACAUGGGGAAAAUGGAGAGGUCCUUUAGGUUGAAGCAGGUAGUUGAUAUAGACUAAGGGGGAAGUGAUGGACUCUCUGCAGGGUCUCUUGUGGAUUGCCAUUGGUUAGUCUGUUACUUACCUCUUUUGUCCAUUGAAACCACCUGUUUCUACCAAAAGAAUCGCUUCAUUUUCUCUUUGUCUUCUUUGUCUGUUGCCUCAUCCAUCAUCAAUUUAAACAAUCAGUCUGCUGUCCCCCUCCAAGCACAUGUCCCCCUCAAUACAAGCUUUGAGUUGGAAGUUAAUAUGAUGCUGUUGUUGUUAUUAAAAGAUUUCUUCUUUUGAAAAACUUCUCUUUGUUUUUAUGCUGAGAAUAAAAUGGCCGGUUGAUCUACAUCGCCGAUCUAGCAGAGCUGCCGGAUUUUUACCUGUAAGAUCAUAUUGAAGAACUCACUUAUUCUCUUUAUUUACUUGUUUCACUCAAAAUUGAUUUGAGAAAAAGAAAAAAAAAUCACCGGCACUGAAUGCCACUGAAUGAAUUGUUCUGUAAUUUGGAAAAUACUGAUUUUGAUGGUCCCAAUGAACUAUUAUCUUUGUUAAGACAUGCUUGAAUUUGUUGCUGGAUUUGCAUUCCCGAUUUUUAACUCGCCAGAUAUCGACAGUGAAACUUUCAAACCAUGUAUCACGUCUGGGGUGUUUCAAAAUCUCCGCUCCCUUUUUACAUUUUAAAAUAGAACGACUCUACAUGAUUUCUUGAAAUUUUCAUAAACUGUUUCUCUCAGAGAGAAGGAAAAUCACUGAAGGUUUCAAGAGUUGAUGUUGUGUGGUUUUACAUUAAAAGAAUACUCCAUUGUUGCAAACUGAGGUACGUUGUUUGGGAGUUUCACUGUCAAUAUCCUGUUUAAAGCUUGUGCUUUCAAUCAAUGUAAUGAGCUGUAUAAGUUUGAGUUCAGGAAUGAUUUGAAGUCUCAUUAAAAUGGAGGAAUCACAAGUUGUUUGGAUUAAUUCUUUUUUAACUUUGGGGAUUCGGAUCUUAUCAUACUUUAGGUGCCAAUUUUUUUUUUUAUUUCAUUAUCUUUUUUUUCUAUAUUGUUAUUUCAUAUUCAUCAGUUGUAAUUUUUUACUUUCCAUGUUUGCUGCAAAAUUGUUGAAAUUGAAGCACUGGGUGAGAGAAGGGCAGUUAUAGGUUAUGGUGCUUCAGAAUCUCUGCAAAUAUUUUAUUCCUACGGAAAGUGAAGGCAUGCAUCUCACUGAGAUUUUUACUGAAUAUUCUUCAUGAACUUCUGAUUUUACAAUGUUCCCAAGAAGAAAUGUCAGAAAAAAUAGCGUUUGGGAUUUUGAAGUACCAAAACUUCUUACACCCUGAUAAGGGGAGUAGUGUCCCUCAUCACUUUUAUCUACAUGGAAAUUCGUUUUUUUUAAAUAUGAAGUAAAUUGUCAGGCAUUUGGAUGUAGGUAUAAGGCGACCUUUAACUAUACCUUUAGGUGUCAAACUUCAUACUAAAGUCAAAACUCUGGGUUCAGUUAAGUUACGUGUUAUUAUUCUCAUGUUGUAAGAUUUUCAGAGGAGGUUAAAUCUUAUUUUAAAAUAAAAAUAAGUGAUACAGAAUUCUUUGGAAGUAUUAAAGUACCCUCUACAAUUAUCAUAUCUCAUUAAGAGCAAAGUAAACAUUUAUGAGAUUUUGAGUAAUUCAAUUCCGAACUGUGAAAAUAAGGAAAAUCUUUUCGCCAUAAUCUUUUAUCAAACUGAACUGCCGGAAUCUUGAACCACAAUAUUCAGGAAUAAGUCGGAAAGCAGUUACCCUCUGAAUUUUGCCCCUGAUUUACCUCUAUUGUAAGACGAAUACAGAAAGAGUGAAAGGAAUUGGCUCUGAUUUCAGAAUCUAUAAAGAAUGUCCCUAAGUGUUAUUUUCGUCGAAUUCAAGAAGAAAACUCAUACUUUUUUUCCCAUUCUGUAAUUUUCAAAACUCAAAACAUCCUACCUCCAAUUUACAAAAAUAUGUUUGGAGGUUAUUUAAAUCAGUGAGAACGAAAAUGCACCAACUAGAAAAAAUGAAAAUAAUCAAGACACACAAAACUGUACAGUAGGUGAAGAAGUUAGUCUAAGAAAAAGAUUUUUGGUGUUGAAAGACGAGUACUUAAGGACACUUUAAAGGCAUCUUUGGGCAUCUGUUGGAACAGAUGUGCUUCCUUCAAUGACUUUUAGAAAAUUGACUGUCUUGAAUGAAAAUUGAGCAUUUUCAAGUUACUGAGUUGGUGUGGUUUCGUUUUUACUGAUUUAUUUGUGGUAUUUAUAAUUUCAACCUAAGUGCUAAAAGAUUCUCCUUACAGACCUAAAGAGUGAAUAUACUCCAACAACUUGUUUUUACCUAAUUUACCAAUACUUAGUUUUUUUUUACACAUUUAUUGGCGAAGAGGAACAUUUCUGGUCACUUGGAAAUUUGACUGUUAGAUUAUUCUUUUAUAUUUUAAUUAGUUUCUAUUAUUCUUAUUUUGUAUAUUCCAAUGGGUAUUUAGUACGUUGCUCGAACUUAUUUUUUAUUUUGUAAAUUAUAUAAUGUUGAAUAUAAAGAAUUGUUUACAAUAUCCA